AGACAAAAAUGGUGCUUCAAUGGCAUUGUCUAGCAUCUUAAUUUUAAGUGUGCAUAAUGAAGAAAAAAACAAUUUUGAUUAUUUAUUCAAUGUUUUGUUUUGUUUCAUAUUAAUUUGGAUCAACUAUGAAGAAAUGUUCAAAUGUAAAUGCAAACAGCAUUAUUAUGGGAUAGCGCAAAUAAGUGCAAAGAAGCUUAAACUUAAGUGUAAAGAUACUGUUGGAAAUUAAAACUUUACAGGUGAUAAUUACAUCAAGAAGAUGUAAAACACUUAAUAUCAAUAAAGUAGCCAAAAUUGACUAGACACUGAAAACAUGCAACCAAAAAGGUCUUUCAAAAAUGUUACUUUUAUUUUACAUCUGCAAGGUGAACAAUGUGUAAAAAGUGGGCAGUGAAAAAAAAUGUCUGCUCUUAGGUCUGAUUUUAAGACACACUGCACUUUUUUCACUUUGUUCACAUUGCAGAUUUAAAAUUAAAGUAACAUUUUUGAUAGACCUUGUGUGUGGACAAUUUUGGCUACUCGGGUGAUAAUCACACAAAUCUAAGGGUUAAAUAUUUUAAAAUAUUUUAUACCAUGCAUAUAGGCAUAUAGUCAGUUACGAUUUUUUUUUAGAAAUCUAUCAUAAGGACUAUUUUCCAUUUAUACAAAUUAAAGUCCAGAUAUAAAAUUGUAUGUUUCAUAAAUCAGAUUAAAACAAAUGCUAAUGUUUGUUUCUCCAAAGGAAUCAGGCGGGUUAAGAAUGGCUCGCUUGGGACGAUCUUCCCUCUUCCAUGCAUUCGCUGGAAUGCUGCUGGCCACAUUGUUAUUACCUGAGUUCUUGCUGGCUGGGCCUGUGAUCAAGCGCUUAAAAGGAGAUGAUGGAAUCAACGAAAAGUCAAACGUUGAGGCUGGCUCAACAAGACUGAUCCGCAACCGAAGAAACAUCAGUUGGUACAAGCAGCACUCGGACUUCUGGAGCUGGUACAAAUACUUCACUGACAAUGGAAACCAGGAGGGAGUUGCAGAGCUCGAUCGUGUCUAUCUGGCAUACCUCAAGAAUAAAAACCGUGCUGAGUCACGUCGCUCCUACAAGUUGUACCUCCAGCACCUCGCCGACAUCUACAAAUCCUGUUCUGAGACUGAUGACCCAAACUGUGUGGCCGCCUACACAAGCAGACCCACACCCAAAGUUGAGGCACCUGCCCCAGUCAAGGCUUGUGACCCUAGAGACCCUUACUGCUCUUACGCUAAGGGAUACACAUAUUACCCCUACCUGGCCCCAGCCCCGGCCCCUGUCAAAGCUGCCCCUGCACCUGCUCCAGUGAAAGGCCCAGCCUACCUCCAUAGCGCUGUAGUGAAGGACCCACGUUCCGGUCAAUACUAUUACUCCCCGCUGAUGCAGUCCUUCCUGUCAGCUGAGCAGAAGGCCGAGCUGUUGCGCAUCUGUGAUGCGGAGGAUGUCGAGUGUCUGCAGUACCACCUCCGUGCCGCCUACGGUUACAAGCCCGCUGCUGUCCUGGCUCCAUCCUACGCCCACCUCGGCUGUGACCCUAAGACCGAUCCUUACUGUGCACCACAACCGGUCCAAAAGGCACCAGCUAGUUUGUACACGCAGUAUCCUUACUGUGAUCCUCGUGUGGACUCGUACUGCACUUAUCCUGUUGCUCAAUCUUCUCCAUCGGCUUUGGAGAGACCCUGCAAUCCUCUCUACGAUGACAACUGCAACCCACUCACAGCUGCAAGGUUUGCCAGCUUGUCCAUCAAAGGACCAAGGGACGAGCCUGCUUCCGAAGCCGGCGCCAUGCGCGUACCUCCCAGCACUCGCCACGACCCCUACGCCAUGUACCGUGAUGCAUCUGCAGCAGCUGACAUGCGCAGACGCCUGCCCACCCAUCUCCAGCCACAAAGGCACCAACCAGAAGAGCCUCAAAGUCCUCUGGGGCCUCGCGGAAAGACCAAAGAGGGAUACGACUGCUAUAUCGGCUACGAUGAAGAGUGCUUCCCACUGGGGAAUGACCCACGCACCGGUGCGCAAAGACCGGCACACCUCCCCUCCGAAGCCUUCGAGCCCCACCUGAAUAACGACGGAAGCAGGAAUGGAGUCGUCGAGCCUGACCCCGACUGCGACCCAGAAUAUGACAGAAACUGCCGCUUGCGCCGCUACGAGCCUGAGGGGGCCGAGCAUGCCAGUCCUUCACCUCAGGAUGAAGAUCACGUGGCCCAGCCAAACCAAGACCACAGCGAUGAGCAGAGCAACCACGAGGAGGUUCCCCAGCAUCGGGAAGAGUCCUACCCCGAGACCCCAGGCUACGAUCAGCAGCAAUACGACCCUUACAUGAGCGGACAAGAGGAUCCGUAUGCUGGAUACGGCCCUCAGGAACCCGGUGCACCCAGUUUUCAGGAUCUCAUGAGAGGAUACGGUGCCCGAUAUCCUGGCCAGGAUGAUCACCGUGCCUACACAGGAGACUACAAAAAGAAAUAAGUAAAUGUUUGCCAAACAAAUGUACAACAGGACUGAAUGUGGGCUGGAGAUGAAAUUAAAAAAAGUGCACACACCAACUGCCAUAACAUAUAAAGAUAUCGCAUUGAUUGGUUCACAUGUAAUGUUUUUGAGAGCUUCUGUAGACUUUGACAGCACUUUGAAAUUGUUUGGCUCUUUAUCAUUGUUUCCAAUGGUCUAUGCAACCCAAGUGUUGCAGUUUCUCUAUCAUACUGACAGCUGCUCUUACUUCUAAUUGAAGAGUACUUGAAAUAGCUCUUCAUAUCUCUGUGAAAAUAAAAUGAGCAGAAUAAAGAGGUGAAUGGUGUACCUGAACAUACUGCAGUUAUGACCACCUUCCCAUUUUGACUUUUUAAAUGUAGAUUCACCCAGCAACCCCCUUUAAAUGAAUAUUUAAUAAAUUGGACCCUUGCUUAGUUGUAUUCUGUAUUUUUAAAAUCGCUUAAAGUGUUGCUUUGUAAUUGUUUGCUUACGAUUUGUAAGAUUUUUGCUUUGAAUGUUUCCAAUAAAAGCUUUAAAGAUCUAGCUGCUUUCCCCCCAUUUAUUAUAAUCGACAAACUAAAUAAAGAAGCAAAUUACGUCUUCAUUUAAUUCAAUAACACUUCAUUAUCAUUUUAAGUGCUUGCUCUUUCUCUCAAGUCAGGCGUAAUGCAAUGAAACUGCAACAAAUUAUAAUAAAUUCAUGCAUAUUUUAAUAAUGAUCCACAUUGAGUGUCGUACUGCAGCUGUCUCAUUGAGUCAAUUUUAGCAACUCUCAAUAAACCCAAUGCAAUUUUAACUGUGUAAUGUGACACCAAGCAUAAUUUCUUUGUGACAAAAAAUUGACUUUUAGAAGUUUUGAGUUUCCUAAACAGUUGUAAUAAACAACGUGGAAUAAACAUGACACCGAAAGAGGAGUCACAACUGUACUCCUCUUUGUGUAAAUGUACCCAUGGCCUGACCUUCAACAUUGAUUAAAAAUAUCUCAGUGGACAAAGUGAGCCAAACUGCACACCAACUGCUGUACUGGGAGGAUGCCAGUUGGCUAGAUGUGUUGUGUUGGACAUACAGUACAGUAUUGUGCAAAAGUCUUAUAUUAGGCCACCAGCUUUGUUGUUUCAACAAAGUUUUAAAGGAAAACACCACCGUUUUUCAAUAUUUUACUAUGUUCUUACCUCAACUUAGAUGAAUUAAUACAUACCUAUCUUUUUUCAAUGCGUGCACGUAAUCUUUGUACAGCAUGUUAUGAAUGUGUUAGCAUUUAGUCUAGCCCCAUUCAUUCCUAUGGCUCCAAAUAUGGAUGAAUUUAGAAGCCACCAAACACUUCCACAUUUCCCUAUUUAAAGACUGUUACAUGAGUAGUUAAAUGAGUAAGUAUGGGCGCACAAAAUAAAACUUUAGUUUGGAGCCAUAGAAAGAAUGGGGCUAGGCUAAAUGCUAACACGCUGUACAAAGAUUAAAAGUGCACGGAUUGAAAAAAAUAUUAAUUCAUCAAGUUGAGGUAAGAACAUAGUAAAAUGUUGAAAAACAGUGGUGUUUUCCUUCAAUGACAUCCAUGCUGUUUGAUCUUUUUAAUAAAAUACAAGCAGAAGAUGUAAAUGUUAAACAAAAC